AUGGCUAAUCCGUGUCGGAAUGGAGGCUCGUGUACUGAUGGUGUAGCAGGAUACACUUGUACCUGUGCACAAGGAUGGGACGAUCCCAAUUGUCAAACAAAUAUUGACGAAUGUGUUCCUCAGCCCUGCGAGAACGGAGGAACAUGUACAGAUGGAAUUAACAUGUACACAUGUACCUGUGCAGAAGGAUAUAUGGGCGAUCGUUGUGAAACAGAGAUUGACGAGUGUUCUUCCAACCCUUGUGAGAACGAAGGUACUUGUACCGAUCUGAUUGCAAUGUACACAUGUACAUGUGCAGCAGGAUUCGAGGGCAACGAAUGUCAAACAAACAUCAACGAGUGUAUGAGUGCACCGUGUCAAAAUAGUGGUAUUUGCGCGGAUGGGGAAAACCAAUACGUCUGUGUAUGCACAGGCACCGGUUUCGACGGAACCCUCUGCGAAAACAAUAUUGAUGACUGUGUUAAUGGCCCGUGUUUGAAUGGCGGAGCAUGUAUGGAUGGGAUCAAUGAUUACAGUUGUACUUGCGCGCCUGGAUUCGUCGGAGAAAACUGUCAAAUAAACUUCAACGAGUGUGGAAGCACACCCUGUCAGAACAACGGAACAUGCAUGGAUGGAAUCAACAGCUACUCGUGUGACUGUAUGGAUGGAUGGACCGGUCCUUUAUGUGGUGACAAUAUUGACGAAUGUGCUAGUAAUCCUUGUUCUAAUGGUGGAACGUGUGAUGACGGAAUCAACGAAUUCAGCUGCCAAUGCGCUCCUGGGUGGACCAACCUUACAUGUGAAACUAAUAUCGAUGAGUGCGAGAGUGGCCCAUGUCAAAAUGGCGGUACGUGCUACGAUGAGGUAAAUGGCUACACAUGCAUGUGUCCCGUAGGUGCAAAUGGUACAAACUGCGAGAUACUUGCGAACGCCUGUAUGAGUGACCCUUGCGCAAACGGAUCUACCUGCGUCAAUUCCGGAGUUGACUUUAUCUGUAUAUGCGCACCGGGCUUUGAAGGGGAUCGUUGUGAAUCGGAAAUCAACGAGUGCCUCAGCCUACCGUGCCAAAAUGGCGGUACAUGCACAGAUGGACUGGACAUGUUCACAUGCGACUGCCGCUUCGGAUACUCGGGACUGAUCUGCGAAAUAUUCGAUCUGUGUGAUUUACAGGGAACCUGGUACAACGAAAUCAACGAUAAAUUGAUCAUCGUGCAGACAUCUACUGGCAUGCUUUUGGGAGACUACAUGACGUAUGUCGAGCAGCUUACUGGCAUGGCAGCCUCCACCGUUGCUCUGGGGUAUGCGGGGCUAAACCCUACUAACCCAACGUUCGGCUUUACCGUGGUCCGAUGGGAAGGCCAAUCAACAACCAGUUGGACCGGACAGUGCCAGAUCUGUGAUGAGCAGGAAGUCCUUUACUCAACCUGGAUCAACAUUCUAUCCGUCAAUACGUGUUUCGAAGUCAGGGAAGCAACAAAAAUCGGGCAGGACAAAUGGACUCGAUACAUGCAAAGCACAGCACCUUCGAACAGCACUGUUUGAAUUAUGUAGACCUUUCGGACGAAGGAGAAUGUUUACUUCAUCUUACUUCAGCUCGUAUCAUAGGAUAAUACGGAAAGUAGAAGAUUGGUAUCAACCAAUAAAUUUCAAAAUGUCGUCUUUUUGUGAAGGCAAUUCUAAAUCUGCUGGUUUGUGGUUUAGCUUUGAUCGUACGUAAAUAUAAAUACUUUUAGAUUUUACCGUAGCUUAUGUUAUGUUUUUGGUUAUAAUAAGAGGGAUUAUAUCUAUAUUUGUUAUUUGUUAUAAAAUGUUUCCCUAUUUGUACUUUUUGUGUCGUUUUAGAGGAUAGUAAUAUACACGAUACUGGUAUAAAAGCAUUCUAUUUGGAAGGGUGUUGUGGUUUCAUUUUUGUUCUCUAUGUGUGCUUACAAUAUUACUUCAGUACGCAUACCUGUAAUAAGAGAGAA